AGAGGCGAGGGUUGGAGGCAUCCGAAGGCGUCUUAGUACACGCCGAAGCCAAACUCUCUUUUCCUUUCUCUCAUCUCUACAUUUUUGCCGCGAAGAUGAGAGAGUGCAUCUCGAUCCACAUCGGGCAGGCCGGAAUUCAGGUCGGCAACGCCUGCUGGGAGCUUUACUGCCUCGAGCAUGGCAUCCAGCCUGAUGGCCAAAUGCCUAGUGACAAAACUAUUGGCGGUGGUGAUGAUGCUUUCAACACCUUUUUCAGUGAGACUGGUGCCGGGAAGCAUGUCCCUCGUGCAGUAUUUGUUGAUCUGGAACCCACAGUCAUCGAUGAAGUAAGAACUGGAACAUACCGCCAGCUCUUCCACCCUGAACAGCUCAUCAGUGGCAAGGAAGACGCCGCUAACAACUUCGCCCGUGGCCACUAUACCAUUGGCAAAGAGAUUGUCGAUCUCUGCCUUGAUCGCAUCAGGAAGCUUGCGGACAACUGCACUGGCCUCCAAGGCUUCCUUGUUUUCAAUGCUGUUGGUGGUGGCACAGGCUCCGGCCUCGGCUCUCUUCUCCUUGAGCGUCUCUCUGUGGACUAUGGAAAGAAGUCAAAGCUGGGGUUCACGGUCUACCCAUCACCUCAGGUCUCCACUUCUGUGGUCGAGCCCUACAACAGUGUUCUGUCCACCCAUUCUCUUUUGGAGCACACUGAUGUGGCUGUUCUCCUGGACAACGAGGCAAUCUAUGACAUCUGCAGGCGAUCUCUUGACAUCGAACGUCCCACCUACACCAAUCUUAACCGCCUUGUUUCUCAGGUGAUUUCUUCCCUGACUGCCUCACUGAGGUUUGAUGGUGCCCUGAAUGUUGAUGUCACUGAGUUCCAGACCAAUCUGGUCCCAUAUCCAAGGAUCCAUUUCAUGCUCUCAUCAUAUGCUCCUGUUAUCUCUGCCGAGAAAGCUUACCAUGAGCAGCUCUCUGUGGCUGAAAUCACCAACAGCGCCUUCGAGACAUCUUCCAUGAUGGCAAAGUGCGAUCCUCGCCAUGGCAAAUACAUGGCUUGCUGCCUCAUGUACCGUGGAGAUGUGGUGCCGAAGGACGUUAACGCUGCUGUUGCUACCAUCAAGACCAAGCGCACCAUUCAGUUUGUUGACUGGUGCCCGACUGGAUUCAAAUGUGGCAUCAACUACCAGCCGCCCACCGUGGUGCCUGGUGGUGAUCUGGCCAAGGUGCAGAGAGCAGUGUGCAUGAUAUCCAACUCCACCAGUGUUGCUGAAGUCUUUUCACGGAUCGAUCAUAAAUUUGAUCUCAUGUAUGCCAAGAGGGCCUUCGUGCACUGGUAUGUUGGUGAGGGCAUGGAGGAAGGAGAAUUCUCUGAGGCUCGUGAGGAUCUUGCAGCACUCGAGAAGGAUUACGAAGAGGUUGGCGCUGAGUCUGCCGCCGAGGACGAGGAUGGUGAUGAAGGGGAUGAAUAUUAGGAUGCUGACAAGCUUCACCGUUUGUUUGUGUGGGAACCCCUUACCCUUGUGUUUGUGUUUCAAGCUUCCUAUCGUUGCGUCGUCUUUGCCGCUGUCUGUAUGUCAUGUUAAGAGACUGUUGGUGUGAUGUUAUUGUCGAGAAUGUUGUUCGGAUGCUUGUUUUAUGAUGCUAUCAUGUUAGCUUGUCGUUCCCUACAUAAUUUUCUUUGUUGA